AUGGUUACAUCAUCCUCCAGAUCUGUGAUCUUUGACGAACUACCAUCUUCGUCUCCCGAUUUGAUAGUCCAUCGACCCACCACUUCGAGAUCUGCAAGCUUCAACGAACAGAAAAGAAACAGUCACAAAGAUGAAGGCGAUGGCAACGAAGACGAUGAUGGUGUAGAUCUGAUGAAGAGGUCACGUUCUCCGGCGAGACGGCAAUCACGACAAUGUGACAGUUCCAAAGAAGGUGAGGCGUUUGUGAACAAUGAAGCUUUUGAUGGUGGUGGAAAAGGAGAUUCAGGUGUUUUUUUUAGGAUUUUAGACAAAGAUGUGAGAUGGUGGUAG